AUGACUUUGUUAAGACCUAAGGUUUUGAUUUUUGUACUUGUUGCUACAAUAUUCCUUCUAAUAUUUUGGCCAACAAGUUAUCAACACAAUCAAUGUACGGACAAAGGUUCACAAGACAUUUUUCCAAUAUUUAAUAAUAAUUCACCGGGACCAGUUAUUGAUGCAAUUAGAACAACGACCAUAACUGAUACAAAAGGAACGCAAAAAGAAUAUUUAAAUGCUAAGGGAUACAUUACAUUCCUUCAUAUAAUUCGUAAGCAACAUAAGACAGCGAUAGGAUCGUUAACACGUGCUGCGGAUUUGGCUGUAGCAAAUGACACAGUAUAUUCCGUCACUUUAAAACCACAAAAACCACCAUCAGGGGAUAUACAUGAUUAUAUGUCAUUAGGAAGAUAUUUUUGGCCAGAUCCAACCAAACCUGACGGUUUACCUUAUAUACGUAAAGAUGGAUAUGUUAACCCAGAAUUUUUCACCGUAUUAGAUUAUGUCUAUAUGCGAAAAAUGUUUAGGGAUGUACAAGAUUUAGGAUUUGCAUAUUUUUUUACCAGGAAUGAAACUUAUGUAGAAAAAGCGAUGUAUCGUAUUAAAGAAUGGUUUUUGGAUGAAGAGACCAAGAUGAACCCCAAUUUAAAUUAUGCAGGUUUUAGAAAAGGUCAAGUUAUGGGAUGGAGGACUGGAGUUUUAGAUUUUCAUCAAGUAUUUAGAAUGUUACAAGCCAUACCACUUAUGAGAUUUUCAAAUAAAUGGGAUCCAAGUAUAGAGGAAGGGUUAAAAGAGUGGUUAUCAGAGUAUUACGUUUGGUUCACUACAUCUAAAUUGGGUAGAGGGGAAAGUAAAACCAAGAAUAAUCAUGGUACAUUUUAUGAUGUACAAGCAUUAUUUUUAUUGGAUUACCUUGGUAGAUACGAAGAGGCGAAAUCUUUCAUAAAAACGUCGAUGGAGAAUCGGGUAAAUAAUGGUAUCUUACCAACGGGACAACAACCACAUGAAACUGAUAGACCAACUUCAUGGUUUUAUUCAAUCUUUAAUUUACAAGGUUUAUUCAUGUUGGCCGAAAGAGCUGAUCAUUAUGAUUAUGAUGCUUGGAAUUAUGUUGGUCCUGAAGGUCAAAGUAUACGUAAGGCUGUUGACUUUUUAUUACCUUUUGCUUUAAAUGAGGGUGAGGGUUGGCCUGUAACGAAUAUUAAAGGUUUUGAAGUGAACGAUUAUGUUAAAAUUUUAGAAUUAUCUUAUGUUAUUUGGGGUGAUGAAAAAUAUUUAAACGCUAUUGAAGAAUUAAGACCAAAAGCCAAAGCUGAACAAGCUGCCGGUCUUAAAUUAGCUAAAUGGGAGGAUAAUUAUCUUUGUGAUUUGGCUUUAUUGACAAAUCGUUUAAUUUGGACUUGUUUGUAUUAA